AUGUCAGCAUCUGAGUCGGUCGCCAAAAAACAAAAAACUGACCGACGAGAAUGGGUGCGUGAUUUCCAUCCUCCUGUUCAUAGAGGCAUGAUGGAACUCGACAAAUCAGCCUUUACAGUCAAAGUACCACUUGUCGCAGCACUUCUAAAAGACCAGUCUUUCUUUGCAUCUCUAGUAAAAAACUCGCGAUCUGACCUGCUACAAUUACAAGGAAUAUCACGGAUUGUCGAAUGGGAAAACAAUCAAAAAGCCAUUCUGUUACGCCAUGAUAUCAAUUCUCCUGAUAAAGUUCCUCAAGCAGUAACCCCAACUACUCUCGAUGUUCUAACGAAAGCUGAAGCCACUUAUCACCCAUACACCCUGAAUCUAGACUACGACUAUUGGCGUGCUGAAGACAUUCUGGAAUCAGUAUUGCCUGAAGACCUGUUAAACGAGGUUCCUACUGGAUUCACCGUAGUCGGUCACAUUGCUCAUAUGAAUAUCCGGGAAGAGUACAUGCCAUAUCGAUUCCUCAUUGGGCAAGUCAUUCUCGAUAAGAACCCGCUUGUCGAGACUGUUGUAAAUAAACUGGACUCAAUCCACGCUGUAUACCGUACUUUUGAUAUGGAAGUUCUUGCUGGUAAGGAAGAGUUCGAAGUCGAACAGAGCGAAUCGGGCUGUCGAUUCAGAUUCAAUUUCAAAGCUGUGUACUGGAAUUCUCGUCUGCACACUGAGCAUGCUCGUCUGAUAUCGCAGUUCAACAAAGGUGAAGCUGUAUGCGAUGUGUUCGCCGGCGUUGGUCCAUUUGCUGUUCCAGCUGGUAAAAAGGGCGUUAUUGUGUUUGCUAACGAUCUGAACCCCCACAGCUACGAGUCCAUGGUCGGCAAUAUCAAACUCAACAAAGUCGAUAGAACCGUGUUCCCCACAAACGAAGACGGCCGUGAGUAUAUCAAGAAAUCGUCACAAAUGCUCGUCGACUUUGCUGCCAAAAACCCCGUCAUUGAGAUCCCACCCAAACGGGUCUCUCGCUCAAAACCCGAGACUUCUAUCCCCGAAAAAAUCCCGGUUCCCACCCACUUCAAACACUACGUUAUGAACUUGCCAGACUCGGCCAUCGAAUUCCUUGACGGAUUCAUCGGUCUCUACCGCGACCUAUCUCUCCGUCAAGCAGCUUUCGGCACCGACACACCCACUUCACAACAAAUGCCCAUUAUCAACGUGCACUGUUUCCACAAACACGAGCCCGACGAGCCCGAACCCGAGCCCGCCCAAAUCCACGAAGACCUGCGAGCCCGUGUCAGCAAAAACCUGUCCUUCCAAAUCGCGCUCUCCGAACUCUCCUUCCACAAAGUUCGCAAAGUCGCACCCACCAAAACCAUGUACUGCAUCUCCUUCCGUCUGCCACUACCCGUGGCGCUAGCUUAA